CCGCAGCUUCAGGCGGACUUUAUUCUGUCCCGGGGCUCAGUGAAGGCUCCACGCUGCUGCACCUGACAACACGGGAGAAGUGUUCACCCUGAUGGACGUUUCGGAUUAUUCUUGUCUUUCAUUUCCAGUCAGCAGAGACAACACUUUGAAACUUUGAAAAGAAAAACCACAAUGAGCCUGAACGCUGUUUUGAGGUGACUGAGCAAAAAUAAACGUCAAGUGGAUUUUACACGCCGGGCUCCGAACACAGAGACAGGAGACUUUUAUCUGCACUUUGAAUAAUAACUCGUUUUGAUCACAUUUCCUGCACAACUUUUAAUCUUUUUUUUUCUACGCGAGUCUCAUGAUGCGACUUGUUAUGUCGUUUGUAACCUGUUGGGAGCUGACAGGUCUGGUACAAAUAUUACAAGGUCGUUAAAUUUAUUGGAACGUGACCACCGGAGAUGAACUUUCUCCGUGCAGAUUGCAAGCGCUCUGGUGAAUGAUUGACAGCAGCUCGGGCUUUAUGGACAAACUGGAUUUACCAACUUGUUUGGUUUUAAUCAUUAAGAGACUGAGAGAAGCAGAAUGAAACUCUGGUCUUUGCGAUUCAUGAGAUGAACUGAAGCUGCUUUCCCCCUCCUUUUAUCCUUUUCUUGUUUUAAUGACUGUAAGUAAAUAAUAACACGCUUUCUAUAUGGCAUUUACGGAGAGGGGCCCGCACCCCCUCGUGCUGCUGCUGCUGCUGCUGUUCCAGUGUCCUGGUCUCACGUUAGGAGCCUCCAAGGACCUGGUGUGUGAGCCUAUAACUGUGCCCAUGUGCAGGGGCAUCGGCUACAACCUGACCUACAUGCCCAAUCAGUUCAACCACGACACCCAGGAGGAAGUGGGGCUGGAGGUGCACCAGUUCUGGCCCCUGGUGCGGAUCCGCUGCUCUCCCGACCUGCUCUUCUUUCUGUGCAGCAUGUACACCCCGAUCUGCCUGCCUGACUACCGCAAGCCUCUUCCCCCCUGCCGCUCAGUUUGUGAACGGGCCAAACGAGGCUGCUCCCCCCUGAUGAGCCAGUAUGGCUUCGAGUGGCCUGAGAGGAUGAGCUGCGAACAGCUGCCCCAGCUGGGCGACGAGGUCCUGUGCAUGGACCAGAACAGCAGUGAGACCACCACCCUGGCUCCCCCUUUCCCCAAACCAACCCCUAAAGGCAGAACCAAACCACCCAGCCCCCCACAGUGUGACAGGGAGUGCCGAUGUCGUGACCCCCUGGUCCCCAUCAAGAGGGAGUCCCACUCUCUUUACGGCCAGGUUCACACCGGCCCCCUGCCCAACUGUGCCCAGCCCUGCCACCAACCCUACUUCUCAGCCGACGAACGCGCCUUCACCACCUUCUGGGUGGGACUCUGGUCGGUGCUGUGCUUCAUCUCCACCUUCACCACUGUGGCCACCUUCCUCAUUGACAUGGAGCGGUUUAAGUACCCAGAGAGGCCCAUAAUCUUCCUUGCUACCUGCUACCUCUUCGUGUCUCUGGGUUACAUCAUCCGCCUGGUUGCAGGUCAUGAACGGGUGGCAUGUGGCACCAGCAGCAGCGUUGGUGGGGACCAGCUGCACAUCCUCUACGACACCACCGGCCCUGCUCUCUGCACCCUCGUCUUCUUGUUGGUGUACUUCUUUGGCAUGGCCAGCUCCAUCUGGUGGGUGGUGCUGUGCUUCUCCUGGUUUCUGGCUGCAGGGAUGAAGUGGGGCAGCGAGGCCAUCGCAGGAUACUCUCAGUACUUCCACCUCGCCGCAUGGCUCAUCCCAAGUGUCAAGACUAUCAUUGUCCUGGCUCUCAGCUCUGUGGACGGGGACCCUGUGGCUGGAAUCUGCUACGUGGGGAACCAGAGUCUGGAGAACCUCAGGGGAUUCGUACUCGCACCUCUGGUGGUUUACCUCUUCACCGGCUCACUUUUCUUACUUGCCGGCUUUGUUUCUCUGUUCCGCAUCAGGAGCAUCAUCAAGCAAGGCGGAACCAAGACAGACAAACUGGAGCGGCUGAUGAUCCGCAUCGGGCUCUUCACUGUACUGUACACUGUCCCCGCCACCAUCGUAGUGGCCUGCCUGGUCUACGAGCAGCACUACCGGCCCGGCUGGGAGCGAGCAUUGGCCUGCUCUUGCCCGUCUGAGCGUCAGCGCUCAGGCAUGGGCCCAGACUAUGCUGUCUUCAUGGUCAAAUACUUAAUGUGCUUGGUGGUGGGCAUCACCUCAGGAGUCUGGAUUUGGUCUGGAAAAACCCUAGAGUCCUGGAAGGUUUGUAGCUCGAUGCUGCCCCUGCUGGCCGCAGAAAGCCACUGCUCCACCCUCCAUGUACAGUGAGGCCAGUACUGCUUUAACUGGACAUACUGGAACUGGACUUACAUCAGGGAUCUACCAUAAAGCUGCUCCAUUGCAUAUAUGAAGUGACUGAAGAAAAGGAAGACUGAUAUGUGCAGUCACCUCUCUGGACAGAAAUAAACUAACGUAUCCAAACACAGAGAAAGUUAAUGCGGACAAACCUUUGAGUGACAGAGCUUUAAAAGGGAAAAAUUCUACAACCUGGAUAAUAGCAAUUUAAACAUGAAACUUAUUUAAGAGUCUGACUUUAGUGAAAAGUGACUCCAACAAUUGAAACUGCUUUUCGAAGCGGUCGACCAAACUUGACAUUUAAUAGGAAAAUGAUCUUAAAUGCCCACAGAGUUACAUGGAUCCAUGUUGGAAUCAUGCAUGCUUCUUCUUGUCUGUUUAUCCUGAGCAUUGACAGAAAAAACCCCACAUAUUUAUUUAUGUAUAUAUUGUAAAAAAUAGGCUGUAAAAAAUAUUAGGUGUAAAUGUUUAGUUUGUAACCAACCAAUGCCACUGCCACAAACUAACUCUACGACAACAGACAGACAAAUCUGGUCUGAUGUAAAUUGUAAAAAGUUGUACAUAAAGGUGCCAUUUCAUGUCAAUGUUUGAGUGUGAUAUCUGGUGUGUUUUGUAUGAAUACAAAUUGAAGCAUUGCUAAAAAACUGUCUUUGUGUUGACUCAGACUUGGAAGUCAUCUGAGAAUCAGACAAAAGGAAUUUAGUCUAAAGGAUACCGUUAUGAACUCUAAACUCUGUUGUUGGUAUACAUCCCACUUAAAGUCCCUAAAGUCUGUUUCUGAACUAGUGUUGUUUAUGUUGAAUGAACUAACAGACAGUGAUCAGGUUAGAGCUGCAGGAAGAAACUGAUCUGUGUCUUUACCCCCCUCUGCUGGUUAACAGUGCUCACUGUAUGACCUCCACGUCAGGGAAUCCAAAUACAUAAUGGUCAUUUAUCAAUUGGUUUUGUACCAAAACUGUGUAAAAAAAAAGAAGAAGUAUGAAUUACGGAUAAAUAGUGAUAACAUAAAAAGCUACUAUUGGAAUAAGAAUUUAUUUUCAAUAUUUUAUGACUUAUUUUAAGUCAGUUCUGAUGUGGACUCCCUGAUACCCAGUAAGAGACCCCUGAAAGGUCCCUGGGCCUCACUUUGAGAUCCAUCGCUUUAACAGGAUUUAAUUGCCAUGAAGAGACAUAUGUUGUGGUUCAUAGACUUUAAACCAAAUUAAUACAUUUGACAAUUCACUGAACUUUACCCAGCAUCCAUUUUAUUGAGCGACUAUUUAUGAGUAAUUAAAAGAAGCAGCAGCUUCACUUUCUCAAAUGAAAGCAAUUAAUGCUUUUGACAGUUUUAUAAACAAUGUAAACGGAGUGUCGCUCUGUUGGUUGAAGAAAAUAAGCAAUUUGAAGUUGCCCUGAUGAAAGGGAAAUCAUAAUUAGUAGUACCACCAUUUUUGUUUCAUGUUUACAAUCAAACAUUUCCUUUUGUGACAAUCUAAUUUCAAUGGAUAUUUGUUCCUAAUUUUCAGGAUUAUUGGGUUUCUACUAGAACAUGAUAACAUUCUUUAUUUUACAAAAAAACGUAACACAUUUUCACAUACUGACGGUCUGUAUUCACCCUCGGUCUGAAACACUUCGUUUUGGUCUCUUUAAGGCUUCCUCCCGAAAAACGCUUCUUUGCUCUGAUUGGCUAACAAGAGAAAUUGCAGAGGUAGUUCACCAGCCAUGUGGGGCGGUAUAUUCUAACGAGGCUGCAUUUGACACAUGAAGAGGAGUUAAUAGAUUUUUUGUGGAAUCCUACAAACAUCCUAGCAUUGUCUGGUCUAAUGUGGGUAGUAAUCUUGUUUUAGGAGCCUUGACAGUUGAAAAUGAGGCAUUUCUGUUUUCUUUCAUAGGUCACAUUUGGUGUUUCUUUUCCUAAUUCAACAGUAGAAAGUGCCUGACUCAGCACACCCUAAAACUGAAAAAAACCAACCAUUUAUGAAUGAAGUUGUCUUACAGAAUUCAGCGUAAUAGUUCACAUUAGAAGACAGAAUGUGAACAGACUAAGUGGGAUUCGGUGAAAACGGAGCACAUUUAAUGUUUUCUGCUGUGAUGACUGAUAUUUUCUUUCAAUGCUGUUGGCCAAUUGUGAUGAGACUACUAGACACCCUAGAUGAUAUCUAAUUUAUUAGUCUGAUUUGUGCGAGUGAAUGCGUUAGUAUGAGUGAUGAAUGGCAGUAAGUGUUUGUUGAUGUGUAAAUCUGCUUUCAUAUUGGUAGAGUUCCUCAAAGGAUAUAAAAAAUAUUGUAGAUUUUGUUCAUAUUGUGGAAUUAAAACAGAGUUGAUCUCGA